GAUAAAAUCGAGACCGGGCAAUUUGAGCUUGUUUACGUUGUCAAUUUGACGUUAAAUACUUGACGUGUCGAUUGAUAAGAAAUUCUUUACGUGUGAUAAUCACAAUCAUUGUGUUGCUAACUAUGCUAAAAGCAGUAAUUUUAAUAGGGGGUCCUCAAAAAGGCACCCGGUUUCGUCCACUCUCUCUGGAUAUUCCAAAGCCUUUAUUCCCUGUAGCAGGUUUACCAGUAAUUCAACAUCAUAUUGAAGCAUGCGUGGCUCUAGAGGAAGUGAAGGAAAUCCUAAUUGUGGGGUUCUAUCAGGUUGUGCAGAUACAACCAUUUGUAAAUGAAAUGCAACAAAAGUACAACAUUACAAUUAAAUAUCUGCAAGAAUUCACUGCCUUAGGUACUGCUGGGGGAUUGUACCAUUUUAGGGACCAAAUACGAUGUGGCAAUCCAGAUGCAUUUUUUGUUAUGAAUGGAGAUGUUUGUGCUGAAUUUCCAUUGAGAAAAUUAUACAAUUUUCACAAGGAACAUUCGAAUAAAGCAUUGGUGUCCAUAAUGGGUACUGAAGCAACAAGGCAACAAUCUCUACAUUAUGGUUGUAUGGUGUUAAACAAGCAGACAAAUGAAGUUACACAUUAUGUUGAAAAGCCAAGUUCUUAUGUGUCCACACUGAUCAAUUGUGGAAUUUAUGUGUUUUCAUUGGAUAUAUUCCACAAUAUUGGAGAAGUUUUCAACAACAAACAGCUUGAUUAUUACAAGUGCAAUAGUAAUGGUAAUGGAAACAAGGAAGCUGGACAUAUCCAGUUGGAACAAGAGAUUUUAGCUCCAUUGGCUGGAACCGGAAAGAUUUUUGCUCUUCAAGUGAACAGCUGGUGGUCACAGUUAAAAACUGCAGGAUCUGCCAUUUAUGCAAACAGACAUUACUUAGAGCUGUACCGACAAAAAUAUCCGGAAAGACUUGCGGCCGCACAAGGAACAGGAGAUCCACCAAAGUAUGACUGUACCAUUCAACCUGACGUGCACAUCGAUCCGACCGCGGUUAUACAUCCUACAGCUGUGUUGGGUCCAAACGUGAGCAUCGGCGCUUCCGUGACGGUGGGUUCGGGAGUGCGCAUUCGCGAAAGCAUAGUGUUGUCCGGCGCCACCAUCGAAGAGCAUAGUCUGGUGUUACACAGCAUCAUCGGCAGGGGCUCGCACGUCGGACGUUGGGCUCGCGUAGAGGGCACCCCUUCAGAUCCCGAUCCCAACAAACCGUUUGCGAAAAUGGAGAAUCCACCAUUGUUCAACAGCGAUGGAAGACUGAACCCCUCUAUCACUAUUCUUGGUUGCUCUGUGAGUGUCCCCUCUGAGACAAUCCUUUUAAAUUCCAUUGUACUGCCCAAUAAGGAACUGUCCCGAAGCAUAAAGAACGAAAUCAUACUCUAAUAUAUUGAAUAUAUAGCACAAUUUUAUAUAUUUUUAUGUGAUUUAUUUAAACACUUCUUAUUUAUGCUCAAUUACAUAAUAAAAAUGUUAGUGUUAAUUAGUUCAAUAUUAUAUCCUAUAUUAGUAUUAUGUAAUUGUCUGUUAAAUAAGAACAAAAGCUGAUUUUAUAUUAUAAUGUUGUAAAUAAAAAUUUUAAAGUUU